AUGGGUUCAGCGAGACGUUCCUGCGUUGGAUGUAAAAAAUACUUUUGUAAAGAACAUUUAAAUGAACACGAACAACAACUAGCGAUAAAAUUCGACAAUGAAAUAGUGAGAUCUCAUGAUCAAAUUCUUAAUGAAAUUCAAAAAUUAGAAGAAUCAAAUAAUUUAUCAGUGGCUCUCUUUGCUCAAGUUGAACAAUGGAAACAAACAACAAUCAACAAAGUUGAGGAAGCGGCGGAAAGAGCUUGUCAUGAACUCACCAAACUAAUCGAUAAACAAAGAAUAGCAAUAAAGAAACAACUAGAACCGAUAACAAAAGAAAUUCGUAGUCAUCGAGAAGAUGAAAAUUAUUUUGAAGAUGACCUUGAUCGACUUCAAACAAAACUCAAUGAAAUCCAACGAAGCAUUGAACAAUUUGUUCAAAAAGAUACAACUAAAACUGUCAUUGUUGACAAUGAUCAAAUCGAUUGGAAUCGAAUCAUCUACAUCCGAGAAGAACAAGAGGAUAGUGAGUAUUUUGAAUUACAUGUAUGGACGAAAAGAAAUUCUCCAACGAAUCAAUCGUAUAUUUUGGGGUGGAUAAAACCUGAAGAAUAA